AACAGUCUCCCGAUCUUUAUUGCAUAAUUGACGUUUAGUAUCUGAAAUAGAAAUCAUACGUACGAUGCAAUCUGUAUUACUCAAACGAUAAACAUGUAUGAUGUGAUCAUCUUCGACGUAAACAUAUUCAAGUAAGGAAAUUAUAUAUAUACUUUAAAGACGCAUGCGGCAAAAUACUUUUCUACUUGCUUAUUUAUUUCUUUACCUAACAUGGGCACAAAGAGUGAUAGCAGAAUGUUUAUAAAAAGGUGUAUACUAGAAAUGGGACCACCAGAGUUCGAUUACCAUAAGACGUGUUCAUAUUUGUAUAUGUGUUUACUCGAUACUAUGAAGUGUAUCAAUGUGAUUAAGGAUAAUAAAAUCACCAAUCUACACAACGUCUGAUUUACGAAAGGAAAAAAAUCAGUUGAAAAUCAACUACUCGUGACAUGCAUGAAGACUGCGUCCAGUUGAAACAUUAACCUUGUUCGCCACACUACAGACUGCUCUGACUGGAACAUCAACUAUAGAAUUGGUCAUUACGGGCACAAUUCCACUAUCGUUCUGUGAGAACAACGCAACACUGCCGGAUGCAUGAAUGAGUAAUAAACACGAAAACUAUGGCCGUAGAUAUUCAAACGUAUCGCUUUAGAAUUGGAUCAUUCAGCUUCACGAGUUGCAAAACAACCAAUUCCACAGGAAAUGAUUCUAGAAUAAAAGACCAAAGUCAACCUGGACGAAACAGUGUUUACUUACGAACCAUCACUUUUGUCAUCGUGCUGUGUCUGUCUUCGAAUGAAUAUCAUUCCAAUCAGAGACAUAUCGUAUUUGGGCUGCCACACGAUGGACAAGACACCAACAAAUCCACAUUAGGGCAUCGGUUCCCUGUUUUGGAAAGGCAUCAAAAAUAUUUACUGAAUUCAUUCAAACUCAGUAGAAUGUAUUUGACUGUUAAUAACAGUUUGGAAUGUUUCUUGCAUAUUUCGUCCCGGAAAUCGCAACCGUGUGCCCAGACUAGAUGUUUGAGUUUAGAAGAAUGUAUCAACAAGCCACUUGAAUAUUUUACAGAUAGAGAUGUAGGUUCGAAUGAAGUGUGGUAUAUGGGGGAACAAAUUUUGCCGAUCAAAGUCAUACAGAUACAGUUGCUCAUUUCUGGCGUAGAACCAAAUCCUGGUCCCGGAUUUGUUAAAGAUUUAGAAGCCAACACCCAACAUUCGGCAGAUACAGCCCCGUGUGACAGUGAAGAAGACGUGACUUUAAAGAGCGCAUCACCGUUUAAUGGUAACCUACAAGCAGCGACGACAAAUAAAAAGUUGGAUGAAAAAAAGCAAACAAGAAAAACAGACGUUCAUUUGAGAAAAGUACAGCCAUGCACUGGUUCCAUUAAAGUCGGUAGCCUUUUCGGAACAAAGGUUUUCAAAAUAGAGCUAAAUGACGACCUACGAAAAGGGCUUCUGAAUAAGAAUUAUACAAAAGCAAAAGAAUUUGCGAUAAGUCGAAUUUUAGAUGAAUUGUGUAAUUUUGGCGCGUUUGUUGAAUUGGAUAUACCGCCAUUGUUUUAUUUACGAAAGAAAAUCGCUUAUAUGGUUUUACCGUCUUCAUCUUGGUGGGGAGAUUUGGAUUUUACGACAGAUGGGACAAUACCAGCGGCAGUGCUCGCCUACAGAAAUGAGUUUAGAGAAUCCUUCUUCUUUCGGGAUAGGCGUACACUUUAUUUGCUAGAUGAACAUAUUUGUAAUAAUCAAUCACGUUUGUCUUCUAUUAACUUCUGUGACAUCACGGUAACAAACCCCUUUGGUGGUUUUCACUUGCUUACCUGCAAUAGUACGUAUAUGUACCCGAACGAAGGUAAUCGCCACGAUAAACAUCUGAAUCAACCAGAACUAAAAUACCCAACUCAAGUUUCUGAAGCUCAACAACAACACGACAGUUCAGUGUCAGAAGAGGAAACCUUUCUAGAUGAACAUCCUUCAACAAGCCAUCAAAACGAUACUUCUCUGUCUGUUAAUCAGACUGGCACUUUUCGUCAUGACAAUUUACCGGAUAGUUCGCAUCUCGUGCAGAUAGACAGACCACACGUUCAGAUCAAUAUGGCAUUUAGAAAUCCAGGGGAUGAUGAAAUGCGCUUUAAUCAGAACAACACGGAGCGGGUUCAAUACAUGGCUACUAGUAUAAGAGGGCAGCAAAGAAGAUUUCCGACGGCUAAAUAUGCUUCGUAUGAAAAUGUUGGUAGCAGGAGGGAGACGUAUCGCGGAUGGCCCUUACAACAACCAGAUCCUCAAACCCUUUGCAAUGCUGGUUUCUUCUUUACAGGCCAAAGCUACGACCUUGUACGAUGUUUCUGCUGCGGUAUCGGCCUGAAAGACUUUUCAGACGCGGACAAUCCACUUCUGGAACACGCGAAACAUUCGGGAAACUGUCCGUUUUUGCUUGAACAGUUUGGAAGUCGGGAAGCGUUAGAAAUUUAUAAGCAGAACAACACGCGUCCCGACCCAGAAGAAAUUAGACGAAGACAGCGUGAACUGUAUCAACAGCAACAAGGUCGGCCAGUUACGAACUACAGAGCAAAGCACGAACGAUUCCGGUCAUUAUCGUCACGCCUUGACACGUUCAUAUCCUGGCCUCCAAAUUUAUCACAGAGACCAGAACAAUUGGCGGCGGCAGGAUUGUAUUACACAGGCGUUGACGACCAUUGUCGCUGCUUCGCGUGUGAUGGCGGUUUAAGGAAAUGGGAACCAGGCGAUGAGCCCUGGAUAGAACACUGUCGAUGGUUUCCGGCCUGUCCAUAUGCACGCGAAGUAAAAGGGGAUGAAUUUAUCAACCUUAUUCAAUUGUCAGCAGAUCAAGCAGCAAGUGAAACCACAUCGGGUCAGAAUGAGGAGAUGAAUGGUGCUAUGGCUGCUGUAACAAUAGAUGAUCGACUGGUUCAAAGGAUUGUGGAGAAACAUCGACACAUGAUUACAUAUGACAUGGGAUUUCCCGAAGACGAUGUUAGAAAUGCGGUCCUGGAACUGGUUCAACAAGGCACCGGAGAUCCGGACAUUGAGGAAAUUGUAACACGUAUGGAAGUAAUACGUGAGAGAAAGUCGCUUGACGAGAAUCUCAUAACGCAACCACCGCCAUGUCCACAAUCAACAGAGACAUUGAUGGAACAAAAUCAACGACUAAAGAGCAUACUUUUAUGUCAUGUUUGCCACAAAAACCAAAUAAACGCCUUAUUUCUACCUUGUACUCAUCACAAGUACUGUUUUGACUGCACACAAGCGAACGAUAGAUGUCCAGACUGUGGCAGACCGAUUAAGGAAAGGAUUCGCACGUUUAUGGGAUGAUCAAUCAGCUGACAUAUAUAAAUUCAUUUUAUUUGUAUCAGAAUAAAGUAGACCAUUCAGGCUAAAUAAGAUUUGGCUAUGUUACUAUAAACUAGGUAUUUUUCAAAAACAUUACAAUGAAAUAUAUUUGAGGCCGAGGCUUCUUGCGAGACUUUGAAGCAAACGAAGCAAAAGUGAAUGCGAAUGUUUUUUAUGUUAGCAUUUAAAUAAGAAUAUGUUGAAUCUCUCUGAGUGCAUAUAUUUUAAUUUUCGAGGAAAUCAUUGCGAUUAUUUUUUUGGCGGUAUAUGCACUAUUUGUCUGGUUUAUUUCACAUUCCUGUCGAAACUUACAAACAAACCACUCGUUUAUGUAACAUAAUAUACAAAAAUGAUUCUGUAAUCAAAAACGUACUAACUUUUUCUCACAGUAGUGGCCAUUUUGGUUCUAUUGCGAAAGUAACAACUGCGGAUGCGCUGACAAUUGUUCUGAUCUAAAAUCAGCUGUAUACAGGUGUAUACAAGCAAUCGCUGCUCAACUAAGUAUAUUUGUAUUUAUCAUAGUUGACACAAACAUUGCAUUUUUGUUAUUCACGAUUACUUGAAUAUCCAACUAACACCAUUAUAAAUGAUCAUGAUCGUUUGCUCUAUAGACGAUAAUGCAGUUCCUCACUAUUUGUUUACACAAUAAAACAAAACGCAAUAUUAAAAAUUCAAUGAUUUGAAUAGUUAUCUUCUCUGGAACAGGGAGCGUGCACGACGCAGAGAAGGCACAUGACAGUGUUUGAGUCACGAUUCCAUGAAUCUAGACAAUACAAAAGAAAUAUCACUUUAUCUAAUGUUUCAGCUAACAUAUUAGCUACACACAAUAUUGGUGAUACUUAUAAGCAAAGCUAGUGGAUCGUCACCAAAUACUAUCAAAUACAGCUACAUACACUCAAACAUUAAAAUUCACACAGUGUGCUCGCGUUGCUUAUAACCAUCUUUCUCAUAAUUAUCUUUUAAUCUGCAUGUAAUGCUAUAUAGUUAUUUAUAUUCAACGCGAUAUAUCUGUCAUGACAAAUACCCUGGUUAAAACGUCCGUAGCUUCUUUACUACAUAACAAGGACUACAUUGGGUAUGCAUAAUAUGGCAUAUGACAUAUCUUACAAAGCAUGCGUCUACACUGGUUUGCAUUCUAAAAUAUAACGAAUGAAUGCAAUAAUGCGACAGAACUAAACACUGCAAAACAGUGUUGUCUAAUAUAGAAAAGUGUACACGCUUAAUUUUGUACACUAUCUUAUCUUAGUAGACUGAAGUUGUUCUUGUUGCAUUGGAAACGUUUGUCGUAUAUGCUGUUGUUAUUGAUGAAUUUUGAUAGAAAGAUCCUCGUUUGCCCUAUAUGCGACUGUUGUUGAUGCUUUUUACAGAGAGAUCAAUGUUCGUGUAUAUAACGUUUUAUUUGUUCUUUUUUCAUUUGAUCUUUUGAAUUGUUAAAAAAAAACGUUUUGUUGUAUAUACGGCUAUGGCUAUUAUUACCAUUCUACUUUUCCAAUGAUGUAUACUCGUAAACAUAGAUUCAUGUUUAUAUUAAAAAAUUCUUUUUGAAAAACUGUAUUUAAAUUGAUACAAUUAACUUAUUAACGUAAAAUAAGUUUGAAUAUAAAUGCAAUUGAAUUGUUUCUUGCAUGAUGAGUGUCUGUUAUUUUUUAGGUUAAAUAUUAUAUAUAAUAUGUCUACACUAAUGGCCUUUCACUUUAAAAACAAAAUAAAACAUAGAAAAGUCA